AGAGAGAGAGAUAGAGAGAGAGAGGUGGAGAGAGAGAACAAGCGAAUGAGAGGAGAGGUUCGCGAGCGGCGCCGCGCGCUCCUCUGCUGGACUGUACUUGAACGGGAGUUUGCGGUUUGGCAGGUUUAUACACAUCAAAACAGAACAAAGAGAGAGGCUCCAGUGCUAUAAAAGAAGAGAGAGAAAAGAAUAAAGCGAGGGAGAAAUCUCUGCGACUGAAUUACAAAAGAGGAGAGGACGCUCUGCUAAUGAUUCUCACAUCCACCCGGGACAUAAACCAGGACUUUGUACAUUGGGGACAAUUCGCGAGGCUUUUUGUUUUCUCGCCUCCUCCAAAAGUUUGUUUGGGACGACUCCUGCUUUUCUCUGCUGUAUAUUUGAAUUUGAAUUUCCUCCCAGUGAGAAACUUUCUGCGCGGACUGCACAUGGUUUCAAAGGGCUUCUGAAAAACCUGGAUCUUUACUCGUGUGUGAAGUCGAAUGUGGUAAAUUCAUGCGGAUUUUAUUCAGUUUUCUGUCGCCGCUCCCGAAGCUUUUUGGCGUCUUUUUACGCACGUCCAUGGUAUCUGGCAAAAAGCUGCUCAUACUUUUAAAGUUUGAAUAAUUCAUGAGAUACAAUUUGCCCGCUCGAAAGAAGUGACUGUAGAAAGGGAGGGGGGUUAUCCACAAACAUAUUCAUAAGGGUUGACGGAAUGGCCACCGCCGCUUCCAAUCCUUAUCUGCCCAGCAAUAGCAUCUUAUCGUCCGGCUCCAUCGUGCACUCGGACUCGGGAGGCGGUGGCAUGCAGCCGGGCAGUGCUGCGGUUACCUCGGGGUCUGGGGGCUACCGGGGAGACCCCUCGGUCAAGAUGGUACAGAGUGACUUUAUGCAAGGCGCGAUGGCAGCGAGCAACGGGGGACACAUGCUGAGCCAUGCCCACCAGUGGGUGACAUCCCUCCCGCACGCCGCCGCGGCGGCAGCAGCGGCCGCGGUGGCUGCAGCUGAAGCCGGGUCGCCCUGGUCGUCGAGCCCCGUCGGGAUGACGGGCAGCCCGCAGCAGCAGGACGUGAAGAACUCCGGCAGAGACGAUCUGCACACGGGCACCGCGCUGCACCACAGGCCCCCCCACUUAGCUCCACACCAGACGCACGCCGGGGCUUGGGGGAGCACGACUGCGGCGCACAUUAACUCCAUAUCCGGGGGCCAGCAGCAGCAGCAGUCGCUGCUCUACUCCCAGCCGGGGGGCUUCACUGUGAACGGGAUGCUGAGUCCUGGGAGCCAGAGCCUGGUGCACCCGGGCUUGGUGAGGGGGGACACCCCGGACCUGGACCACGGCAGCCACCACCACCACCAUCACCACCAGCAUCCGCACCACCAGCACCACGGCGGCGUCAACAGCCACGACCAGCACUCGGACGACGACACGCCGACCUCGGACGACCUGGAGCAGUUCGCCAAGCAGUUCAAGCAGCGGAGGAUCAAACUGGGCUUCACGCAGGCGGACGUCGGCUUGGCUUUGGGCACCCUGUACGGGAACGUUUUCUCUCAGACCACCAUCUGCAGGUUCGAGGCUCUGCAGCUCAGCUUCAAGAACAUGUGCAAGCUGAAGCCUUUGUUAAACAAGUGGCUGGAGGAGGCCGACUCCACCACCGGCAGCCCCACCAGCAUCGACAAGAUCGCGGCGCAGGGGAGGAAGCGAAAGAAGCGCACCUCCAUCGAGGUGAGCGUCAAGGGGGCUCUGGAGAGCCACUUCCUCAAAUGCCCCAAGCCCUCGGCCCAGGAGAUCACCUCCCUGGCGGACAACUUGCAGCUGGAGAAGGAGGUGGUGAGAGUUUGGUUUUGCAAUAGGAGACAGAAGGAAAAACGGAUGACGCCCCCAGGAGUGGCACAGACGCCGGAGGAUGUGUACUCUCAGGUCGGCAAUGGGCAUUUUUUAGUAGAUUACUUAAAAGAUGCAAGUGAAGCGAGCGACCAGAGGGUGACAACCACAAGUUCAUUCCACCAGGUAAUUUUGGCGCAUUAAAACACACCAAGAGGAAACCAAGUAUUGUUUUUUUUUUUUUUUAUGCCUUUUUCUCUCCUCCCCUGCAAAAAUAACACUAUUCCCUCCUCAUGACCCUGUGUUUGAUUGGAGAAACAAAGGAGCAGGCAUUUUGUAUAUUUAGAAAUGGGACUAUAAACCGCCCUCCUCCUCCUCCUCCUCUUCCUCCUCUUCUUCAACAAUAACAGAGGAGGGAAAAAACUGCACCGACGUGAAGAAGAUCCACGAGGCUUCCAUCAGCUCUUUUUAUUCUUGUUUUUUAUUCCGAGGUGGAUUGCAUGGCUUCAUUCACACACACACACACACACGCGGAGGAAUUGGGGGAUUUUUCUUUUUUUCCAUUUGGUAUUUCUUCCUCACGACAGAAAAGACUCCAGGACCAGGACUGAUCUCAAAGAUCUCCUCUUGAAAAUAUACUACUAUUAUUUAAAGGACUUUUGACGCCGUGAGUGGAUUUUUUUUUUUUUUUGGCUUUUUCCCUAUUUUAAUUUUUUCCUUCCAACGAAUAGAGAAUAAGACAUUUGAAAAAAAGAGACUUCAGCUGCACUUAUUUGAGAAAAAGAAAAACGUGUUGCCAAGUGUGACUGAGUGGGUGCUGUGGACGUGGACCUGCCCUUUCUAAGCAGUGUUCUUUGGUAGGUUUUAAUAAACAAAACUCUGUAAAGCCGGCAAUAUAGAUCACGAGAUCAGAUGCUGAUCUGACUUAUUUACUUUAUAUUUUUCAUCAGAAUGACUUGUUUUAAUAUUUUAUUCGGAAUACAUAUGAAUUAUUCCAAACGGUAAUUUAUUUCCCCACCCCCUCACCCCCACCCCAGGAACUUGUGUAAGAUGCUU